GGGAGACUCACCACCCAUAACCAACUCCUCCUCCUCCCUCCUACAGCUCCUCCGCGUUACGAGUUACAUAAGGCGAGGAGCUGGCCUUUUCCUCCAUAUACCCAGCCGCUCUGUGCCUGCCCGAGUCUCAGAGCCGUGCGCGUGUGUGAGUGUGCGCGCGUGCCAAAUCAAUAGAAAGCUCACGACAUACAUCUGAGGACAUCUCAAGAAAUACAUCUCAACACAUCUCCACUACGAACAACUCCGGGGGUAACCAUCAGCCCAUCAAAAAUGUGGCCGUCUCGCUCCGUCCCACGGCCUUUCAUCUCCCCACCCGCGCUGCUCGUCUCCCUCCUCUCCAUCGCCGUCGCGCCCUUUGGCGGCGGCGUCGGCGUCGUGCGAGCGGCGAGCGCCUCGCCGAGGGUCCCGCGGGAGGCGCGCCCCGGGGACGCCGUGGGGGGGGAGGCGGCCCCCGUCAGCAAGCUCGCACUCUUCCCCGACCGGCCCGCGUGGUGCGAGACGCGCAACAUCACCCAGAUCGUCAGCCACGCCGGCUGCGCCAGCCGCGAGAUCGACAAUCGCGUGUGCCUGGGCCAGUGCUACAGCUACAGCGUGCCCGACACGCUGCCCCAGACCUCCGAGUCGCUGCUGCACUGCGACUCGUGCACCCCGUCCGACACCACGUGGGACGUGGUGACGCUGCAGUGCGGCGACGACUACAGCGACGGUGGCGUCGACGCGGACGACGACGGCGCGGAGGGAUCACCAGAGGUCACGAAGCUCGUGGAGAAAAUCCUGCGCUGCGAGUGCCAGGCGUGCGGAGCCCAGCAGCACCUGCUGCUCGCGGCCACCGCAGGCGGCGGGGGCGAGGCCCACGGGGCCGACACGCUCCUCGCCUCCAUGGCCGGAUCAGCGGCUCAGCCGGAGCCGGAGCCGGAGGAGGAGGCAGUCGCCGGCCCCCGUCGCGGUUUGCCGCAUGACCCGGAGCCGGCUCACGGCGACGACUCGGAAGCCGGGCCGAGGCAGCCGGCUCCGCAGGGCGAGCGGUCCGAGCCGCCGGCUUUUCCCGCGGAGGCCGAACGACGGCACCGGGCGGCCGCGUCCGUGGGCGGUGCAGGCGGAGCGGGGGACUCCUCCGGGAGGGGGUGGGAGCAUCCGCACAACAGGCGGCACGGGCAGCACCACGCGCGCGGCCACCACCACCGGCACGGUGGCGGUGGCGGUGGCGCGGAAAACCCCGAUCGGCUGGCGGCCGGAUUGUGGGGUGGGGAGAAUUACCGCGGAGGUUUGUAAAAAAAAAACAAUCAAAUAAGUUAAGCAGCAUUGGUAAGAACCGGGGCUUAAUUUCACCUGGGUCUGUUUGGGUUUGCCGACCCGGAAAACUAAAUAUUUCCAACGUCCCAAACACCACAUCCAGUAUACCGAUGGCUACGUGGCCACGGCUGGGGUCGUUACUCACGUGGGGACCACCUACUCCAGUCGAGCAGCGACCAGAAAGCACAGUUCACACUCCCGGCACAUCACUGAGUAGCAGACACCUCCUGCUGUUAUGGCGGUGGCUAGGAGAUGUUAACUACCUCGCCUGGUAUGCAGGAGGUCGUGGGCUCGAUCCCGACCCUGACGCCUGCUGCUGUAUAUUUGCAGUUUGCAUGUUCUCUCUCCCCGUAGUCGUAUGGAUUUUUCUCCGGGCCCCCCUGUUUACCUCCACAUUUAGAAUUAAAAGCACCUCUUUUAGAGUAUCUGGCUGCUAUACAUUUCCACAUGAUGACAAGCCACUUCGUUGAGCUAUCAUCUGUGGCAGCUAGGUCGCUUCUGAUAAAGAGUUACACGGGGUCAGUGGGCCUUACCUGGUAGAACAAGUUUUUAGUUGAAGCUAGAGUUGGGUGGAAUGGGCUGUUUCAUGAAGCGUCGAUUCGGCGAUCAGUUUGCGAUAACGACCGCCAAAAAUCAAUUAUCCGCGUGAGAGGGGCUCAUUUGCAAUUGCAAUUUAUUUGCAGACGAUAAUGUGUCUAAUUUUUUUUGGGGGGGGGGGGGUGGGGGGUGGGAGCAGUGGCGCAGUGGUUAGCACACUGAACCCGGAGCUCUUGAGUUUGAUUCGCAGCCCCACGGCUAACGUCAGCGGUGAGUGGGUAUCCGCAACGGUCCGAUGCCCUCCGCUGACUUUCCCUAGUCUCCCCCCGCCCCCACCAACCCCGUUCCACUAACUCACACUGACCAGCAUGGUCAAGUAUGGUCAUAGGGAGGCUUUCAUCCAUCAGUGGAUCUUAAAAUAAAUGUUCAUCUGUACGGGAAGAGAGUGUUUCUCACGCUGCCACGCUCGUGGCUUUUCGGUUUACUCCCACGCGGAAUAAACAACUCCCCAUUGAUUGGCCUGAAAACAUCUUAAACAUAAAACACCCAAAUGUAGCAGCCAGGACCCUUAUGGCGACAACAAAAAUAAUCUUUGGACUCAAUGUGGCUUUGCUGGAUAAGUAAGUAAGUAUUCUAGUGACGUGUACUGACCAGACCCAAGUCCAAUGGGACCACUGACGUGCCCCCCCAAUGAUCCGAUCGAAAUCCCUCAUUUUGAUCGGAUCAUUGGGGUUUGUUAGUAAUAAAUCGGCAUUUUGCGACCCCCACUGCCACUGUGUAGCAUUAUAUGACAUGCCAGGGACUCUAUGAGAUGAUAGGACAAUAGUGUGAGUCUAUAACUGGCAACAAGUAACGGCAAAGCGGUUAUAAGUGACUCACAGAAUUGUGCGCAGUUGCGUCUACAGUCCACGAGUUCCCUGAAGUCGUGCCGAUCACACAACGCGGUUCGAUUUCGACCCUCGAUCGAUGGCUGCGCCAUCGCCGCACACGCGUCGAAUAAAAAGCAAGGGACAAGUCCUUACUUACUAACAACUCCUCUAUCAUUUUUCAUUGCUGGAGGGGUUGCCCCCCUACCUGAAAAUCCUGGCUCCGCCAUUGAAUAGGACGAGGUUUUACCACACGUACAUGUGUGUGUGCGUACAUGUGACCUGUGACCCCGAUUUUCCCGCGUGACAGUGGCGAGAACUUUGCUCAAGAGUUGUAGAUUUGUGUUGAUAACACGCGGAUGCAUAUUGAUCGGCUUGUGCACUUACGGUUUUAGAGAUAUAAAGUUUUUUUUUACGUGUUAGCUAUUUUUGUUUCUGUUCACGAACUCUCGAUAUCUCUGUGAUCGGAGAAAUUGAGAAUGCGUGGAGGGGAGUAGAGUGAGAUGAGAGGGGAGGGGUAGGAGAGUGUGUG